AUGACUAUGGUGUCGCCUCCUGCAGCCAGUUCGGAUGCUCUUGCGACGCAAAAGGAGCAUCGCUUACCCUACGUCAUAUACGAGGGCGACACGGUCAUAUGCCAGACCAGCGAUGGCCGCAUGUUCUUUCAGGCCGUCACGAAGGACGAGUCUAUCCGAGUUGGCAAAAAAGUGGCAAGCUUAAAGCCUGUUAUUGGCUCCUUCUACGGAGCAACUUUCGAGGAACGGAACAAGAAAUUGGUCAAGGUAACAGGCGGUCUGUUUCCAGACCCUGUGGCUCCAGAAACGGGAGAAGGCUUCGUGCCUGACGGCGACAACAGACAUUAUGCUGACACCAACUCAGCUCAGACGUUGAAGCAGACAGACAUUGGCGAGCUGCGUGAAAAGGGCGCUUCUGGGAAGGAGAUUAUUCAAAAGCUCGUCGAAAACAGCUCCACGUGGGAGACCAAGACCGAGUUUUCUAAGCAAAAGUACCUCAAGAAGAAGCAGCAAAAGUACAUGCCGCGUGUGCGCUUCUUGCGCUGCACAGCCGAGUCGCUAUGUCGCACUUACCGGCUGAAAAACCCGAGCAAAAUCUGCAAUCUACGCGAAGACACGUUGGGGCAGAUAUUAGUCUACGGCAACAUCUUUGCGGGUGCUCAGGUACUCGUGGUUGACACCUGUAUGGGAUUGGUGACUGGUGCAGUUGCCGAACGCCAGGGAGGUUCUGGACGCCUUAUAUGCCCUUACGAAGGGCAGCAGCCUUCUGCCGACAUCUUGCGUCGCUUUAACUUCGACAAGCUUACGCUGGAGUCCAUUCACUACUUGCCAUUCAAGCAAGUGCGGUUGCUUGAAAUGAAAGAAGAAGAAGUGCUGGAGCCUAAGAAAGUUGCUAGGGACGGUUUAUCGCAGGAACAGCGAGAACAGCUUGCAGCGGAACGCGCAAAGAACUUCACGCCCGAGCAGCAAAAGCGCUAUGCUGACAAGAAGGCGCGCCGCGAGGAGACCAAGCUUUCCCAUCAAAAGCCGUCGGUGAUACGUCAGUGGGCCCGGGAAAAGUCUGACAGUUUGGUGAUAGCUGCAAAUUACGACCCUGAGGCGAUUCUUAAGGCUCUGCUGCCGUACUUGGGUCGAUCCAAGCCGUUUGUUGUCUACUCUGAAUUUCUUGAGCCGUUGACCCGGACGUUUGCCCGGCUACAAAAGAUGGAAUCCAUUAUUGACCUCCAACUCAAUGAAACUUGGACACGCGAGAACCAGGUGCUGCCUGGCCGGACCCACCCCGAGAUGACUAUGAGCGCAUGCAGCGGUUACUUACUCUGGGGAAUCAAGAUCCUUGACAUACCUGCCCUAGAUGUUACAUCGAGCGCCGCUGCGAACGAAGAAGCAGAAUGUACGACGCGCAGCUCAUUUGUAGCCCUGAAGAAGCCCAAGGCGUAG